AUGGGGGGUUCUACUAGCACUUCCUCCAAUACAGUGUCAUUGUUAACAACCAAAAAGAAAACUUUCAAAGACAAAACAUUCACAGCAGCAGGCAACCUCAUCAAGCUCCUCCCAACUGGCACCGUCUUCUUGUUCCAGUUCCUCAACCCUGUCUUGUCCAACAAUGGCCACUGCGCCACCGUCAACAAAUUCCUAAGCGCCAUUCUCAUCGCCAUUUCCGGUUUCUCUUGCUGUUUUGCUUCCUUCACUGAUAGUUACACCGGCAGUGAUGGAAAAACCCACUAUGGGGUUGCAACAGCUAAGGGUCUUUGGCCCUCAAGAAAUUCCAACUCCGUGGACUUGUCUGCUUACAAGCUUAGGUUUGGGGACUUUGUGCAUGCCUUCUUUUCCUUGAUUGUGUUUGCAGUUGUAUCACUUUUGGACACCAACAGUGUCAGGUGCUUCUAUCCAGGGUUUGAGUCCACUGAGAAGGUUUUGCUGCAGGUGUUGCCUCCUGUCAUCGGUGUAAUUGCCUGUACUGUUUUCUGUGUGUUCCCUAAUAAACGCCAUGGAAUCGGAUACCCCUCCUCAAGUUCUGAUUCUUCACAAGACUCAGACAAAUCCUGA